GAAAGCGAGAAGCUGCAGCUUCGUCCGGCGACAAAGUAGCACCAAGAAACCCCGCAAACCCACCGUCUGAGGCCGCGCCUGGUCCCGCGUCGACAACGGGGAGGAUUUUAAGCCCAAAUAUCUCCGCGGCGACUUGUCAAGAGUGCGCUCUGAUCGGACCUUCUGCCGCACCAGAGCCAUUGUGACGCAGGCAUCAGGAACCCGCAGGCAGCUGAUUUAAACAAAACAAACAUCAACUCGGAGCUCGACUGCAGGUUUAACGUAGACCGUGUCCUUGAAUUAGCAUCACAGUGGGAGCCUUCCACGCGACGGCAACACUUCACUCCGCGCUCUGAAAGCCCGUGCUGCACUCGGGGGUCUCUGAGGUGCCCGGACCCGCCAGCUUCUCUCCCCAUUAAUAAUUCAUGCCUUCACAGCAGCCAGUCGUCAGCUGUUCAUGCAAAUGCAAACGCCUGCUGGUCAAAGCUUUUAACCUUCACUAAGUCCACACCUGAGAUUUCUGAGAGCAAACAUGGAUCACCUGUGAGUGACCACACGGCGGCGGCGGUGGUGGUGGGGGGAGGGGAGGUGUUCCCUCAAGGGCUGGCAGUGACUGACAAUCAAUCAGGGAUGCUGUCCGGGGCGCAGAACUGUUUCCAGUUGAUCCGCAUCGGCUCCUCGGUGGGCGACUCGGUGCGGGACCUGUACACCUUCAGGCCGGCGCUCAGCCACUGCGUCUUCCGGCUGGGCCGCGUGGCGGAGUUCUGUGACGUCACGCUGAACUCCACCUCGGUGUCCCGGAUCCACGCGGAGCUGCACACGGAAAGGGAGACGGGCGGAGGCGACGGGUCGGCGCCGGAGGAAGGAUGGAAGGUCAGCGUGAAGGACAGAAGCAGUCUGGGCACCUGGGUCAACGACGUCCGCCUCCAACCCGGGGUCCCGUGGGAGCUGUCGGACGGGGACACCCUGAUCUUUGGGGGCCAGUCAACACCAGCGGAUUCCGAGUUCUACUUCCUCUUCCAGAAGGUCAAAGUCCGUCCUCAGGACUUUGACGCCAUCACCAUUCCAAAGACGGGCACCUUCUCCUCCGACCUGGAGAAGCGGAUCCGAACCAGCCAGGACUGUAAAGCAGCCAACAACCUGGAUCUCUCCCGACUCUCCAUCAACACGUCCACCAUCAUCCUCAACUCCAUCGGCAGCCUCAGUAAGAUGAAGGGCACCAGCUGGACCUUCCAGAGGAGCCACAGUCACGACGGAACCUCGUCGGACCCGGGCUCUUCCUCCUCCUCCUCGCCCCCGACCAGUUUCACCUCCCUGGCGCCGCCCCUCACGCCCCCCACCCUCACCCCCGCCAGCUCCCAGCCGCCCACCAAGGCCUUUCCCGCGGCCUCUCGCAGCCGGAGGAAGUCUGCCCACACCGUGCUCCUGGAAGAUGGUGGUUCCGAUGAGCUCAGGAGUCGAGCCGCUGUCGCUCCGGUUCUGGACGACGGCACGAGAGUGAGGGCCAAGAAGAGACGGCGGCUCUACAGGUCUGAGUCGGACGGCGUGGCCUCGCCUCCGUACCCGGCACUGCAGCCCAGCAGCCAGCGUGAAUCCAAGCCUUUCCCCGUGGGGAUCCGGACCAUCGGCAGCUUCCACGGCGCCAUGAGCAGCCACGCCCUGCAGAACUUCCGGAGCACCAGCGCGCCGGACGCCGUGUGCCGGGUGCAGACGGUGUUCAACGGAAACAUGGCGACCUUCUGCCACCAGAAGACCCCUCGCAGGGCGUCGUCGGGUCAGAGAGGGAGGCGGCGCGCGCACAGCUCUCCGGUCUUCUCCCCUCUAGUGGUGGGAGGGGAGAACUACAGCCGGGCCUCGCCCUCAGUUCGGAUCCGGACGGAAGAGCGCAGCAGGGUGCAGUUCCAGAGGUUCCAGCAUCCCACCAGCAAGAGACGGGGUCGCCCCAGGAAGCACCCCCUCCCUCCCCGCCCGUCACUCCCCUCGCCAUCUUCCUCCUCCUCCUCCUCCUCUUCCUCCACCUCGUCGGCCUCCUCGUCCGGCUCCUCCUCUUCCUCCUCAGAGGACGACGAUGAUGAUGAGGAGGAUGAAGGGGAGGCGACGCUGGGGUCAGUGGAGCCCUGCGCCGCUCUGCGCUGUCGCCUGCCUCAGCAGGACACGGUCCAGUGGAUCCAGUGUGACGUGUGCGACGCCUGGUACCACAUCGACUGCCUGCACGUCGACCGCAAAAAGCUGCUGAUGGACCCCAACGCUGACUUCCACUGCGGCUGCCGCUGAGCCAGAACACUGAAGGACUUUGCUCAACCGCUCCAGGACUUUGGUUCUGAAGGUGAGCCGGAGAUCCAGGGAGGUUUCACAGAAAGACGGGCGGCGUGUCCACACUACUACACUUCUGCAGACUGACGCACGUUCACCUUUCAGUCCUCAACGUUCCCUCAAUCAGCCUAAACUUUCCCUAGUGAUGCUAAAGAGUGAGCUUUGUCUUUAAAUCCUAUUCGUGCAAACUGUUUGAACCGUUUUUGGCUCCAAUCUCAUGAUCAACCUGACAAUUCAGCUUCUUCCAGACGCACUUCUUCAUGGAAAACCAUUUUCUUUUGCUGAGUUCAUUAGAAAUAACAAUGGAAAAGACAGCCUUUCAGGACCGUGUGGUCCACAUUGUUGCAGUUCCAGAUGGUAAACUAUCUCAAUAAUCCAAAAAUGUUGAUGAAACGGCGUAACGCACGUCAUCGCUGCUGAUCUUCACACAAAAGACUUCACAUCACAAACAUUGCCAGGGGUUUAAGUGUGACUUUUUUUGUUUGUCUCAAUGUGUCUUCGACGGCCGUUUUAAGAGGUUAAAUAUUUUCCAUUUCUAUCUUCGAG